AUCGAUAACGGUCUUGUUUAUUAAUGAAUUAAUUAAUUAGUCGAAGUUAACUAAAAAAAAGACGAUAAGCUGCGCAAUCUGCACAUUCAGCGUGCCCAAGUGGAGUCCCCCAGCAAAAAGAGGCAACGCACGAGUGCAAGAGCAAGUCGCAGUCGAAGGCCAGCCAACAAGGCGCAGCAACGCAACAAAGACGCAAGCGAAGAAGAAAAGCAUGAGCUGAGGCUAUCGUCGCCAGCAAGCAACGGGAUUCGGACAAUAAGAGCAGGACAGGAGUUGGGCAGGAGCAGGGCAGGAUCAGGAGCAGGAGCACCAAAGGAGCACCAACCAGCGGAGCACCCGAACCGCAGCAGCGGCACCACCACCACCACUAUGAGCACGGUGUUCAUAAACUCGCGAAAGAGCCCCAACGUGCUGAAAAAACAGGGCACCGACCAGUGGGUCAAGCUGAACGUGGGCGGCACCUACUUCCUCACCACCAAGACGACGCUCUCCCGUGACCCAAAUUCGUUCCUCUCCCGUCUGAUUCAGGAGGACUGCGACUUGAUAUCGGAUCGGGACGAGACAGGAGCCUACCUGAUCGACAGAGACCCGAAAUACUUUGCACCCGUGCUCAACUAUCUGCGCCACGGCAAGCUGGUGAUCGAUGGCGUCUCCGAGGAAGGCGUCUUGGAGGAGGCUGAGUUCUACAACGUGACACAGCUGAUAGCGCUGCUGAAGGAGUGCAUCCUGCACAGGGAUCAGCGACCGCAAGCGGACAAGAAGCGCGUUUAUCGCGUGCUGCAGUGCCGCGAGCAGGAACUAACCCAGAUGAUCUCAACGCUGUCGGACGGCUGGAGGUUCGAGCAGCUCAUCAGCACAUCAGCUCAACAGUACACGAACUACGGGCCCUUCGAAAACAAUGAGUUCCUGUGCGUGGUCUCCAAAGAGUGUGGCACGACGGCCGGGCGGGAGCUGGAGCUCAACGACCGGGCCAAGGUCCUGCAGCAGAAGGGAUCGCGAAUUCUUGGAAUUUAAUCGCGCUAUAUAUUCACAUACAACCCCUGAAAAUUGAAAUACCGAACUCCCCUUCAUCGACAAACUCAGCAAACUCAUUCCCAAUCAGUAACACAAUCAGCCACACCGACCCAACACAAAUUGGAUGCAGUCAAGGAAGCCCGAGCCACAGCCACAGCCACAUCACCCACCACAAACCACACCACACGACACGCGAUCAGAUCAGACUCAGCCACAGGCACAGGCACAGUCACAGAUCACCCACCAAGAUCAGCCCGAAUCACCAAAGCAGAGCCCGCAGGGAGACUACGCUUCAUUUGCAUUCGAGACAAAGUUAACAGGUACCACUGCGAUUCGAUUCUCGCCCUUGCGGCCGUUUUGCGCACUGUACGAAGUGUGUGCGGGCGUGCAUGUGUUCAACUUGUAGUAAACCAGAUAGACCCUGUACGACUGUACGAGAAACAAGUAACAAGUUACAAGAAACAAGAAACCAGCCCUGCUUCGUUGCGUACUGCCCCAUAGCCAGGCUGCUGAAUUAGACGCAGCUUCGAGCUUCAGCUUCGCUUCAGGAGGCACGCGCGAACCAGUCAGUCCGUCAGUCAGUCUGCCAGUCAGUCAGUCCGUCAGUUAGCCAGACAUUUAGCAGAGGAUCCUUCCGAGCCGCUGGACUGCUGGACUACUCGGCUGCUGGGCUGCUGGGACACUCAAUAAGCUAGGUAUAUACACAUUUAGCGGGAGUUUGUAGGGUUAGUCUUAGUAGUUUUUAUCGUGCUUACAAUAACGACCCUGACGACGCAGCGGACCCUUCGCUGGAGCAGUCGCGAUUCCCUUGGUUAAGCACCUAACUAACUUACAGUACCACAUAGGUUCGAGCUGCAUUUACGUGUCCGAUAUGAUACCGAUACCGAAACCAAACUAGGCCCUCUGCACCCCGAAUCCGAGUUUCCCCGGAAUUUGUAGAGCCGCAGAAUUCUGCUCCGUAGUUCUGCUCCGGAGCGUGCGUGUGGUCCGUUUUGUGUAGGCCCGGUUUUACUACCUUGAGCUUUAUUUUGGAAAACGAGCAAGGCGAAGAUCAGCUUUAGGAAAUCAAUUGAAUCACGACUGAAUUUAUGUGAACUUGCACUCAAAUAUAAAAUACAUACAUGCGAAUAGUGAGGAAGGAUAUACAUGUGUGGAAAAGAAAGUUUAGCGAAAAACGAAAAUGAAAAUGAGAAUGAGAAAGAAAACCUAUCCGGCGACGUUUUGUACAGACAGGCAUGAUAUCUAUAAUAUGUUAAGUACUACAUGAAUGUAUAUAAUUUUAAAUAGUUACUAAUUUAUACACGAAAAAGCAAACAAGCGAAAAUUGAAAAUGAUCCAAAACGUCGCCACCUACUCGUACCCAUUUUGUAUCCAUUUUGACUUAUUUUACGAGCACGGCUGGUGCAGAUUAUAUAGAGUAUGACUUAUGCUUACGACGAUUAUUUCGACGGAGAACCUUUACACUAGCAAGUAGUAGAACCGCAGCGCCCGAUUACGCCGGACGCGGAUUACGCAGUGUCCGGCACUUAGCAAUACAGAGAAAGGCCACUGCAAGUUAAUACACAAGUUACACACGGCAACAAGUACAGAUAACCUAACAUCCUAACCUAACUCUAACAAUAAUACGAUAGCCUAACCCCUACUGUAACUCCAUACUCCACAAGGAUGUACUCACACCCACUUUACACGGCCUGUACCCCGUACCUUGUACCCUUUACCCUGUACCCUGAAUCCUGAAUCCUGCAGACGCGGAUGGUCAGUCCCGCCCAGAACCCGGCUGCCGCUGCCGCUGGAGCUGGUGCUGGAACUGGAUCGGAUCCUGGAUGCUCCCUCACAUAAUAUGAAUAUAUAUGAAUAAACUUGGAACCCUUUUCUAAAAAACA